GUAAAAAGCAUGGCCACCAGAUAGCAUCUAGCAUUGGAAAAAAAACUCUGUGGUUGAACAUUAUAAGAGCAUCAGAACCAUGGCGCCCUACCUAGACUGGCUUCAGUCCCACUGGAUCUGGUUGAGUCUGGUUUUACUCCGGUUCUCUCUGGUUUUCCUUCCACAACAAGGAUACAUACAUCCGGACGAGUUUUUCCAGAGCACAGAAGUGGUAGCAGGUGAUGUUUUGAAUAUAUCGGUGCUGCGGAGCUGGGAAUUUUCUGCAGGACUGCGAUCUGUACCAACUAUCUACUUCCUGUCAGGUCCCUGGUUUUAUCUGAUGAGGGGGAUUUCCCAGUUAAGGACGUCCUACUGGGCGGUGGUGCUGCCACGGCUCAAUGCCUGCCUCCUCAGUGUGGUGGUCGACAUCGCGGUAGCUUGUGUUUGUGGUUUGUUUUGUUUGGAGAGUAAAAACGUUCUCCCUAUCUUAGCAUCGUCCUACAUAAUGUUUACAUAUUUAACGAGAACAUUCUCCAAUUCUAUGGAAACUGUGGUUUUCUCCCUUCUGUUUAUGUUGGUGAUGAAAACAGUGAAAGAUAUACAAGCAAACAAAGAGUCUAGAGAGACUCGGAAGGAAGAGCAUGAUAGGUACCAGAGGAUGUCUCUAGAAGAGUUCCGAAACAAACAUAAUGCAGAUUCAGCAGGAUGUAAACAUAUCACAGACCUUUCCAUUUUGACUUUUUUCUGGAUAGGAUUUUUAUCAGCUUUAGGACUAUUUGUUAGACCAACUUUUGCAGCUUUCAGUGUGGGCCCCAUUUUGUGGCUGAUUAUGACUGUCUUGAAUGCUGAAGAUAGUGUAAUGUCAUGUCUUUUUGCUAUGACCGUUGGUGCAUUUAUUCCUUCCCUUGUAAUGGUUCUUAUUGACACACAAUACUACAGUGGAAAAACAGUGCUAGACAUUGUUUCGGCAUUUAGACAGUGCGUAGUGACUUCAGAAAAAGUUACUGAGUGCUGGGAGGAUUUCUUCAAGCUGUUUGUUGUAACUCCCCUGAAUUUUAUAAAAUACAACACAGACCCUAACAACCUAUCCUCCCACGGACGACAUCCCCUGUACACACAUCUUGUGGUCAACUUACCCAUUUUGUUUGGACCUUCAGUGGUGAUAAUGCUUGUAGAAGUCAAAAGACUACUUUUAAGACAGUCCCCAUCCCUUCGUUGUGUCCUGUUGAGUUUUGUGAUGGUCCCUGUUAUUAUUCUGUCCAUGUUUCCCCAUCAAGAGCCGAGGUUUCUAAUCCCAGUUUUACCCCUAGUGGUCCUCCUGUGUUCCUCCACUCUGCAGAGUGUUCCAUACAGAAAAUUAUUUUUCUCCUUGUGGUGUAUAUUUAACAUUACCUGUACACUGUUCUAUGGAGUUUUUCACCAAGGAGGAGUUAUUCCCCUUUUAUCAUACAUAGAGAAACACACACACGACCCUCCUGCAGUGUUCACUCAUCAGGACCGACUUUUUUUCUUCCAUACCUACAUGCCUCCAAGGUCUCUGUUGCUUAGCAACUCUUCUCUAGAACAAAUCAUGGAUCUCCAGGGCUCCUCCAUGGAGAAGCUUGUCGAUGACAUCAGAACUCAACACAGCGGUGACAGUUAUGUAGUACUUCCAGGGACUCAGCUAGAGGAGUUUUCUCAGCAGAACAUCAGUUUCGUGGUCACUAAGGUGUUUCCCCUUCACCUGUCUAUGGAGGACCCCCCUCCUUUGGGGAUUGUCAGGGAAUUAUGGGAGAAUUUUACAGGAACCUCUAGGAAGCUCUCAGACUUACUAUCAUUGUAUCUUAUCAAAUUAAAUAACUAACACCAGACUUGUAUUUAAUACAGAAACAAGUAUUUAUAAGUAACUCCUUGUUUUGCAACAUUGUUGCCCAAUUUUGGGCACCUGAGUUUUUGGGAGAAAUGGUUAAUUAUCCCAUGAUUUAUUACAUGUAAAUGUACCAGUAUAUUCAAUUUAUUGUAUGAUUCAUAUACACUUCAUAAAAAUAUAUACAUUUUCAAUAACUUUUUAUAUGGUAAAAUAGCUUACAAAGAAAUCCAUUGUGGCUUGUGCAAUUAUUUUUCUUUUUGUAAUUAUUAUUAACUUUAAUACUCGGUUAUACUUAUAUCUGUGGUUUACAUUUGUUUGUCUGUGUACAAUGUUAUGAAUCUCAUCACAUAUUGCCAUCUUUAUUGCUUUCUGCAAUCCGAAAAUCAAUGUUGUUUUUGUAAAAAUUAGCAUGAUAAAAUGUACGAUUUAAUAAUUAUUCCGACAUUUUACAUGUUAUCCUUCAUUGAAAAGUAUUUUAUGUAUACUUUUAUCUAGAUACAUGUGAAUUAAAUUUUGAUAUAACCUGAUGACAAAGUUUGAUAGUGAAAUGAACAUGUUUUUUAUCAUGUAACCAGAAUUCUAAAUUGUUAAAUAGAUGUUUCUUGUUUUGGCUAGAUAAGAAUGGUGCACACAGGUCUGCAUUAGAGAAGUUGUAUAGAGGCAGCUAAAGAUUAUCAUUCAGUUUAAUAACAUUUUGAAAAACUAAAUUAUUUUGGAACCGUCAUAUGUUCAAGUUGCUCAAAUAUCAGUGAUCAAUUUUAUAGUACAUGUACAUAUUUGAAUUUUGAUAAACAUAUAACAGUUUAAUACUAUACAAAGUCAAAGGUUUGUCCCAUUUUUAGCUCACCUGAGCCAAAGGCUCAAGUGAGCUUUUCUGAUCAAAAUUUGUCCGUCGUCUGUCGUCGUCGUUGUUGUUGUCGUCGUAAACUUUUCACAUUUUCAUCUGCUUCUCAAGAACCACUGGGCCAAAUUCAACCAAACUUGGCACAAAGUAUCCUUGGGUGAAGGGGAUUCAAGUUUGUUCAAAUGAAGGGCCACGCCCUUUUCCAAGGGGAGAUAAUCAUGAAUUUGUUAAAAAUUAAUGGCAUUUUUAAAAAAUCUUCUUCUCCAGAACCACUGGGCCAGGAAAGAUGAAACUCAUGUGGAAUCAUCCUCAGGUAGUGCAGAUUCAAAUUUGUUCAAAUCAUGAUCCACGGGGCUAGGGUGGGGCCAAAAUGGCCGACCCAAGUUUUACAUAGGGAUAUAUAGGGAAACCUUUAAAAUCUUCUUUUCAAGUACUUUAAAGCUAUGAUUAGUGAUAUUUAUAUGGAAUCAUCCUCAGGUAGUGUAGAUUCUAGAUUGUUCAAAUGAUGAUUGCCUGGAGGGGGGGGGGGAGGAAAUUCAAGCCUGAUGUGCUCAGGUGAGCGCUGUGGCCCCUGGGCCUCUUGUUAGUAGUUUGAACUUAUAUAUACACAUUUGUUACACAUUGAAAGGUAACAAUUUUACACUGUGGGUAACAUAUCAUGUGUACGUAUAAAGUUUUCAAAAAAUAGACCUCUAUUGGCAAUGGCAUGCAGAUUUUGAAAUAUGUAGAAUGUAUGGUACAUGUACAAGUGUGCACAAUUAUAUUCUCCUGCUGUCAAAUGUUGAUGCAA